AUCGUAAAAAUCUGUUCGACACGUAAACACAGAAACCGGCGAAUUAUGACAGCUCCUAGUACUAGUAGUAGUAGUAGCAGGUUGCUUCAUAGUGCUUUUCAUCAUAGUGUCUUGAGACGAUGGCAGUCGCAGGACGCGUCUUUCUCAACAGAAAAUCUUAUGUAUCCAGUAUUUGUGAGUGAUGACCCUUAUGCAGUUGAUCCAAUCAUGGCCCUUCCUGGGCAAGCAAGGUAUGGUGUAGAGAAGCUGGAAUCUGUGCUGAAGCCACUAGUGGACAAUGGACUAAAGGCUGUAUUGCUCUUUGGUGUUCCAAUGGCACUUCCUAAGGACCAGCGAGGAAGCUGUGCUGACUCCCCGAACACACCUACUAUACUCGCAAUCAUCAAAUUGAGAGAGCUGUUCAGUGACCUUCUCAUCGCUUGUGAUGUUUGUUUAUGUGCUUACACAAACCAUGGCCACUGUGGCAUUCUUCAUGAGGAUGGGACUAUUAAUAACAGUGCCAGUGUAAAUAGACUGGCUGAAGUAGCACUACAAUAUGCCAAGGCAGGUUGUCACGUAGUUGCGCCUUCUGACAUGAUGGAUGGUCGGGUGAAAGCCAUCAAGGAUGCUCUGAAGGCACACGACCUUGGUCACCGCGUGGCGGUGCUCAGCUAUAGCGCCAAAUUUGCAUCCUCAUUUUAUGGGCCAUUCAGGGAUGCUGCAAAGUCGGCUCCAUCUUUUGGUGAUAGGAAGUGUUACCAGUUGCCCCCGGGGUCCAGUGGCCUAGCCAUGCGAGCUGUGGCGAGGGAUAUAGAGGAGGGUGCAGAUAUGGUGAUGGUGAAGCCUGGCAUAGCUUACCUGGACAUCGUGAGGCAGUGUAAAGACAAGCACCCAGAAAUGCCCAUCGCAGUCUAUCAGGUGUCUGGUGAAUAUGCAAUGUUACAUCAUGGGAGCAAGGCUGGGGCAUUUGACUUGAAGACCAUGGUACUGGAGACAUUCACGGCCUUUAGGCGAGCUGGUGCAGAUGUGAUCAUCACCUACUUUGUGCCACAGCUCUUGCAGGAAUGGGGCGUCUUGUAAUCGAAGCAACGUUGCUCCGUUUACGAUUUCACAGCUGACUAGGCGGCUGAACCUUUCCGAACGUCAGCAACAUGGCAACAUCACUCGUACCACGAGACUCUAAAUCCAUGCUCAUCAACCUUGUGGAAUGUUUCACGUAGGCGAGCCAAGCGUGAAAAAUCUGAAAAGUUUAAUGCAUGCAUUUAUUCGGUUGUUUAUGACUCACGUAUUCUGACGUGAACUGCCAUGUUUUUGGCCACUUAGCGUUUAAUGGGCGUUUACGCCUAGUAGAUGUGUAAAAAUGCGUGCUAACAGGCUAAAAGCAUGCACAUAAAUUUACCGUACGUAAUUCGGGGGCAUUAAUUAUACACAAGUGAGAAUCGUGACGUGCUUAUAAUUAUGAAAGUAAGCAACGAUGCCACUGCUUGCAUUAUGCGACAGGUGUAAGUUAAAUGAUGUAUGUCGUUAGGGUGGAACCAGGAAUCGAGGGGAGAUGUUAACCAUCUCAUUGUCUACACUGGUUUAUGAUCAAUUCAAAGACCUAGUUUAAGGUCAAUACCAAGGAAAUAAAAACUCAGGUGCUGAUGAUUUACUACAGCACUGUUUGUUUGUGGUCCGAUCUCGUAAUAGCAAUCUCGCGUGUAACAUAAUAUACUGACCUGUCAAAUAUUGUUCCAAUGAAACUAAUUAAUUAGUGGAAGGUGGAAAGUAUCAGGAAUAAUGAGGGAAGCAGGUCGUGUACAUUGCGAAAGCGUAAUGCGUUACGGUGAGCUACUCUUUCAGCUGUUGUGGAAAUUGGUUGUCAAUAAAUCAUCACAUAAUGCAAAAUAUUGAUUUAUGAUACAACCCCUACAUUGCUACAUUUUGAAGAUUCAUGGCACUGUCAUGUUAAUGAGAGCGUCAGCUAAUAUAUUGUCCAUGUUCAAUUUUCCUUAAUUA